AUGGCCGACAAAUUGCUGAAAGAUUACGCGCCACCCUAUGCACGAGGGGUUCGGUCCAGCAUCACCCGACCUCCUAUUGAAGCCAACAACUUUGAGAUCAAGCCUGCAGUAAUUCACAUGGUCCAGCAGAAUCAAUUCAGAGGAGGACCGCACGAAGACCCGAACCAUUAUCUAGAGCUGUUCUAUGAAAUAUGUGGCAUGAUGAAGGUGAACGACGCCCCUCCAGAAUCAGUAUCCCUGGACUCUGUGUCAGGAGGGGCGUUGAUGAACAAGAGCCUUGAUGAAGCAGAAGAAAUAAUAGAGAAUGUGGCACAGAACCACCAUCAGUGGGCAUCUAAAAGAUCAGGUGGAGCGUUCUCAGGACAUCAGAUGAAGGCAUUAGGAAAAUUCGAGGUGGACGCAUUUAUGCUCAUGUCUGCAAAGCUGGACGCCCUGACCAAGAAGUUUGAAACAAUGGGGAUCAACACAGCUAAUGUCAUAGCAUGUGUUUGCGACAUCUGUGGGAGCACAGACCACGCUUAA